UUCGUCGUAACUGAGAACCUUUACCGUUUACCCUUGUCCAGGAAGUAGAAUUCUUCAAGUAUCAAUAAGUUAAUGGCCGACGUGACUACACUUUAUCGUUAUUUCCAUACUCGAAUUAUUCCACAUAUACUUCAAUAAUGAAAUCUGACAUGGGAGAUUUUGAACUGGAUGUUGAUGCAAUGUUAGAAGCUCCCUUCAAAAAGGAAGAGGCGGCCGUGCCUUGGUUGGACCCUUCGGCUAGAGAGACACAUCAGGACGCGGCCAGCUCCUUAGCAGACUCGAAGCCCAGGGAAAACGGACAUACUUCCUCCAGAGAUAGGAAAGAAGAUCGAGAACGUGACCGGGAAAAAGACCGUGGAAAGGACAAGGACAGAGAUCGAGACAGAGAUCGUGGAAAAGAAAGGGAUCGUGAAAGAGAUAAAGACAGAGAGAAAAAUAAGGACAAGGAACGUGAACGAGAGAAAGAGCGUAAGCGAAGGUCUCGCAGCAAAUCUCGAGACAGAGACCGUAAGAGAAGGACACGUAGUAAGUCACAUGAAAGAGACAGAAAGAAACGUUCUCGGUCAAGGUCACGGGAUCGUAAGCGUAGGUCUCGAUCAAGGGAAAAGAAGAGAAAAUCAAGAAGUAGAGACAGACGUCGAAGCAAAAGUCGCAGUAAGGAACGUCGCAAGAGUAGGAGCCGCAGCAGGGACAGACGCCGUAGGAGCCGAAGCAAAGAUCGCCGUCAUAGUCGCAGUAGAGAUCAUAGGCGUUCACGAAGCAGAAGUAAAACUCCUAAGCAGGAGUUGUCUGUUGAGGAGAGGGAUGCACGAACUGUUUUUUGCAUGCAAUUAUCAUCGCGCAUUCGGUCGCGAGACCUUGAGGAUUUCUUUUCAGUUGUUGGAAAAGUUAAUGAUGUACGCAUCAUCACAGAUGCUAAAACCAGAAGAUCCAAAGGCAUUGCUUAUGUUGAGUUUGUUGAUGUGGAGUCAGUUCCCUUGGCAUUAGGGUUAUCUGGUCAAAAGAUCCUUGGUGUUCCCAUAGUAUGUCAACCCACUCAAGCUGAGAAGAAUCGUGCUGCCAGCAUUGCAGCUGUACAAGACCAGAAGGCAGCAUCAGGCCCAAUGAGACUUUAUGUUGGAUCUUUGCACUUCAAUAUUACAGAAGAUAUGCUAAGGGGAAUAUUUGAACCUUUUGGAAAAAUUGACCACAUUCAGUUAAUCAUGGACUCUGAAACGGGCAGAUCCAAAGGAUAUGGCUUUAUUACAUUCCAUAAUUCAGAUGAUGCUAAGAAGGCUUUAGAACAACUCAAUGGGUUUGAGUUAGCAGGUCGACCAAUGAAAGUCAACCAUGUGACAGAAAGGUCAGAAACUCAGCAGGGGACUUCACUUUUAGAUUCAGAUGAGAUGGAGAGAGCUGGCAUUGAUCUUGGUGCUACUGGUCGUUUGCAGUUGAUGGCAAAGCUAGCAGAGGGAACAGGGUUACAGCUUCCAGCUGCUGCUGCCAAUGCCCUUCAUAUGCCUGCCCAACCACAGCAGACACCUGCACCACCAAUUGCCACUCAGUGUUUCCUUCUUUCCAACAUGUUUGAUCCUUCAACAGAGAGUAAUCCUAAUUGGGCAGAAGAGAUCAGAGAUGAUGUCUUAGAGGAGUGCAGCAAGCAUGGAGGUGUUCUGCACAUAUUUGUAGACAGGCAGUCUGCACAGGGAAAUGUUUAUGUCAAGUGUCCCACUAUAGCCACUGCAGCGGCAUCUGUUAGUUCCCUUCAUGGACGAUGGUUUUCAGGUCGGAUGAUUACAGCAGCUUAUGUUCCAGUUAUGAGCUACCACUCCUUGUUUCCAGAGGCCAUGACCAGCACACAGCUCAUAUUUCCCCGAUGAUUUUGUGAUAUAAGUAAUCAUCUAUGUUAUUUGUUGUUCAUGAUGAGUGCUAAUAUUUGGCUUGCUUCCUAGAGAGGUUCAUGCCCCUUCACUCCACUUGAAAAAAAAAAAAAAAAAAAGUCCCCUCCUGUAUACUGUGAUGGCAAUCAUCAUGAACCAAAAACUGCUCUCUUGUUCCCUCAAGAGUUAUAGAUGUUUUGUUGGUGUACCGCAUGGUAGCUCAUAUGCAAUGCCUCAUUUUAUAUGAAAACAUAUGAUACUGUACCUGUUAAAUGCAGUAUGUGAAAUGUGUUUGAAGUGCUGGCUAGAUUUUUUACAGUUUAAACCAAUGCAGUGCUCUUUUAUAUGAAUUACAUAACCCUCUCUAAUGAACAUGUUCGGUGGAUGUUUUGAAAGGUUCAUGCAAAGGGCGGUACACCCACACAAUUUAUAUUCUCAUGUUUAGACUUUCAGUGUUAAGGGCUGAAGACUAUUACUCAAGAGCAUGAACUCUUUGAGUGUAUUUUUGUAUAUUUGGUAUAAUGGUCAACCAAUUGGAUAAAUUAUUCAUUUUGUACAGGUUUUGUACAUUUCGGUGAAUUGUUAAUUAUGGUUAUUUAUUGUUCUAUGAAGAGGGAGUUAGUUUUUUUGUAAUACUUGUUCACAGGAUCUGGUACAUGUGAGAUGUAAUUUAAAGUUACAGCAGUUUACAUUAUAAAAGAUUUUGCUUAUUGAGUUGGGGCACUCUUACGCAAUGUGAAAUAAAAUUCACUUCAUUUUUUAUAUAGAUAUAUAUAUAAAUGCAUUAUUAUAUGAUGCAGUGGUACAAAUCUUGAACUUUCUUACAAAAGAUAAGGAGCUCUCUCAGUACUAAAUGGUAAAAUGUAAUGCUGGUUGUUAAUGUAAGUUUUUUGGGGAUGGGUUUGAAUUUAAUGGAGUGGCUACAUGUGAUUGAGGGACAGGAAAUGAUUUUUGAAUUAUUGGUAAAUAUCAAGGUAUAAAAAGUCAUUAACAGUGCAAACCAAUUGGCAUUUAAGAUUUAGGUUUGCAUUCUCUAUUCCUCAAAUAUCAGAUUUUUCCAGAAGUCAUUUUGUGAAGUGUGCCAGAACUUUACAAUAUCAGAUAUUAAAUUGCUCUACCAUCUUUAAGAGAGAGAGAGAGAUAUUCCAGUGUACGUUUUAUACGUGCAUAUACAGUGCGUCCCUUAGUUAUGGUGGCACCGACUUGGUGUUCCGAUCUUAUGGCACUUUUUCAAACACAUUCAUCAAGAAUAGGUAUCUAGUUACAGCGCUGUUAAAGGCGUAUACUGCGCUCGCAACAAGAAUAGGUAUUUAGAUGGUGCCUAUUAGUUGAUAUGCACCGACUUAUGGUGAGCCACUGGAACAGAAUCCCCUCCAUAAGUUGGGACUGCAUGUAUAUAUAUCUCUUACUGGUCAAAUGGCAUCUCAACUUCAUUUCUUCACAUUCUUUGGAUACCUUUGUUACUACAAAACCUAAGGUCCAAAUGAAGAAAUUCUGACAUCUGUAGCAGGCCAACGUUUCAUUUGUCUCUUAGGCUUUGUAGAUACAAGUGUAUCCAAACAGUGUAAAGAAAUUGGAACGUUAAGAGGUCAUUGUGGUUACUACAACUGUAUGGAUUGAGAUGGAAAUUUUAAGAAUGGUGUCACUAAGUGAUCUCUGUACAACCUCAGAACCUUGGAAUAUUUUGUAGAUAAUAAAUUUGUGUUUAGUCGUCAUAAUGAUGCUUAGUCAUUUAGAAACAUAAUUCCAACUAUUUUUUCAAGGAAAAUGUACUGUGGUAGAGGUCUGAAUAAUUUGUAACCAGGUGCUGUAACACGAAAGAGGUCGCAUCAAAUGAAGUCAGUUGUUAGCAGUAUAGAUCAGGAGAGUGCUUAGUGAGAAAUUUGUUUGGGUCAAUUAUUUUCUUUGAAAAUUUUCUGAAUAGUUGGUGCGCAUUCCUUUUCGUGAACAGGCAUAUGAGUGUGAUGAAACUGUUGUAAAUAUUGUAUAGAUGAAUAGGUGUCAAUCUUAGUAUUGGGUUGACAUUAUUGUGCUUAUAUAAAAUAAAGAUGAAGAUUUAA